GCCUUGCCUCCGUCCCGUCGUCGUCAGUCGGCAGGCAGACGCGGUGGUGAUAGUAGCUCGCUCUCUCUCUCCUGGAGUUCUCUCUCUCCCCCAAACACUCCCUCACUCUCCCCAAGACCCUGGAGGACUUGUACACGCGCGUUCAUUUAGCAAAACGAUUUUCUCUCUCGUCCUCAUUUUUUAUUUCUUUCCCUUCCUCUUUCCCUUCUCUUCCUCUGGCUCUCUCUCACACUCUCCCUCUCUGUCUCUCUAUCUCUGACUGUCUCUUUCCUGUUUACUUCCGGAGCAUCUUCGUAAUCACAUGACUGCUGCUCUAGGAUGACAGAAGUGAUGCUACGGAAAAUCAGGAAGCUGGACCUGCGGUUAUGGUGACCAAGAGACAAACUCUGGAAAAGUACAAUGGAGAAUCAAUGCUUUGGGGCGUCUAGUCUCGCCUAAUAAGGAUUCUCGAAAUCAACGGUUUUUUUGGCGGAGGGCGUCGCGAAAACAUGCUUUUGUCGAUCUGUCCGUCUAAAGCAGUUGGUGAAUUGACGUGUAUACGCUGAGUUAUCUGUAGGAAUGAGACUGCUUCCACCACUCAGACAUUAGAAAGAAAUAUUUUCGCAAAUCGGAAAAUUGUCGAAUACUGAGCGAAUUGGAUUAUAGUGCCGUGUGAAUGACUACUCGCUUCUAGUGACUGUUUGAUAGUUAGAUAAAUAAACCUAGAGAUGAAUAGUGCACCUUGUAAAGUAAACUUUCGAUAAUAAUUUUUGAUAGAGACUUUACUCCUUAAAGUAUCCUACCAGGACCUUCUAGCGAUCACAAUAAGUGAAUUAUAGAUGUUAGUAAUACAAUAUAAUUAUCUCAAGCGCAAAUCUUCCACUGGGAAGAUCCGUGACUCGUACAUCUCUGCAGUCAGCAAUUAAAAGAGUAUUUAUAAGGCUACACAGUGGAAAUCACAGUGAAUUGUUGACGUAGAUUUAGUUACCGAUACAAGAAGAAAUUCAUCUUGGAAUCUGCUGCAAAGGAAAAGCAAGAAGGACAAUAAACAAAUAUUAAUAAAAAAGGGAAACUGGUUUUCGAAGAGGACGUCUCUCUCACCCGGCACACAACUAGUGUGUUCGCAUCCCUUUGUGGGUCACGCCCCCUUUUCUCUCUCUCUCUCUCUCUCUCUCUCUCUCUCUCUCUCUCUCUCUCUCUCUCUCUCUCUCCGCCAUGAGCCUUCUUCGAACCACAAGGGAUCAAUUGACUUUGCAAUGCCAGCAGCAGCAGAUAUGUAGGAAUAUAGAAAUGAACAGCAGCGGGAAAUUCACAUCGUCUGUCACGAGGUCUUAAAGAGUGAAAGAAACCCGAUUCCAUGAUAACCACUGUGUCAAAAGGCCCUGGUCAUCACCUACUUUAUCUUCCAGAGCCUUCGGUGUUGAGGCGAGAACAUUUCCAUGUACUGUGAUGUGGAUUAGUGUUUGUUAGUUCCCUCAUUUUCCCUUCCCUAAGAGAUUCUCCUCUGCUGCUGAUGCUUUGGCCUUCCCAAGAAGCAAGAGCCUCAUGAUAAUGGUAUUGAUGACCAAAGGUCAGAGUCAAAAGUAUCAAAAGCCCAAGUGCCCCUUUCGCCUCACUUUUCCCCGAGUCACGAGAAGGACAAUAAUUCUUCACGAAACGAAGGCUUCCAUAACGCCUUUCUCUCUCUCUUUUCCAUGACGUAAAAGAGAAGAACAUUGAUGAUACCCAACCUUUGGCUUCCAGGUCGGCCUUUCUUUUGUAUAUGAAUAUUCAUAGGUGAUAACAAAAAGAAGAGAGACAAUUCUUCCGUUCCCUGUCUUGUUCCCCAACGGUGAAUCCGAACACAUCCAAACGUCUUCCAAAAAGAUCGUCUUGAUGGAUUUAUGAUCCUUUAGCUUUACGUCGACUCCGGAGGUUAACUCGAAACAGGCGCCGCCCAUCAGCAUUCUCUCAUUUCCAUCAAUCAAAACGAAUCAACAAAUCAGCUUCAGGAAAUAUCACUCCAUAUUUGAUCGUUAUCAAAACUAAGUAACGUAAUUUUGGUCAUCAUAAAAAUUCAAGAAAUAUCACUCCAUAUUUGAUAAUUACGCGAAUACAUGAUCUGACGUCGUCGUAAGUUUGAUCGUUACACGAAUAACAAAACUGUCACUCCAUACUGGUAAUAUUAAGAAUUGAAGAACAAUUACUCCACAUACGGUUAUUAGAAAAAAAAGGCAAGAGAUUUCGAACAUUCAUUUGAGAUUAAAUCCCCAACGAGUAAAUCAAGAGAGAAAAUAUAAUGAAAACUAUGAGGAAAAACUCCAGUUGAAUGAUCUACUGCAGAGUGGAAAAUAUGAUGUAACUACACAAGAAAAAGAGAAAAAGUGCAAAUCGCGAGAGGAACAAUAUUUGUGAAGCUCGCCAUCCAGCACCAUCUGCGUCAGGUGCUGAGUCAGCACAAGUCGUGAGAGUCUGGGUGUAGUAGCUCUAAAUCUCCGUGGAAAUAAGGAAAGAAAGAAAUAGAGAGCAAAAGAGAGAGAAAAAAAGAACAACUCAUUUCUCCGCCAGAAAGCUGUUUUGUUUACCUUGUUGAAGGUCCACUGGAAGGAAGGAAGGAAGGUGGAAAUCGAAGGUCAUAAUAACUGAAACACAAAAGCUUUCGUAGAAAGCAAAAAAAUAAAAUGGAAAGGAUUUCAUCCGAGCGUCUGAGGAAAGCUUAGUGGCGAAGAAGGGUGCAGUGAAAACAAGGGGGAGAGGAAAUCGCAAGUGAAAGAGAGGAAAAGAAACAGAUGACACGUCUAGUGCGAAGAGAAAAUAAUGACAAGGCAGAAUUCAUUUCUGUUCGUCAAAUUUCUGUGAAGAGGGUUCUAGUAUAGUCCCGUCGAUUAACAGAAGCCUGUCCGUACGUCACUGUUGUUGAAAAAGCUAUCGCCACCGAGGAACCGUGUAUAGCUGUGCCUAGGUCCUACAGUCUUCAAGAAUCUGCUUCACCGUGAAGAAGAAAGGAUUUAUUGGCAAGCAGCAGCUGUCCACGAGACCCUGCCGACAAGUCAUCCCUCCUCUGAGCCUACUGGAGUCAGAGUUGAAACACUUCUUUUGCUGUUGGUUUUGUGGCUCGAAGAUGCCUUCACUGUUUGCAACGGCUUGAAUCUCAAGAAAUACGAGAGAGCAGCUCACUGUCUCCUUCGUCUGCGACUUGAGUAAGGCCCACUCGAAGACAGACUUCGAGUGCUGUAUCAAGUUGCCUGCCACGUCAAGGGAAAGGCAAAGUAGUUGCAAAUUGACCGGCAAAUAGUCAAGACAACCCACCGACCGCAACCCAGAGCAAAAGCAACCGGCAUGAUCAACAUGCUACCUCUGUGAUGUGAUUAGAAAGUCCAUCCCUCUGAACGAAAAGUGUUCAGGCGUCUUAGAAGAGAAUCAGAUCCAAAGGGGAACCGCGACUGACUCUUAGCUUUUAGAAUCGAAAUCUGUCAUCUCUUCUCGGUUAAACUGAACAGGAAUUCGUCGAUUGAGUGAAUGGAAACUCAAGAUCAUCUUAAUAGAGCGUUACAUUCACGAUGUAAUGCUGAUAUUAUGGUCGUUUUAAGCGUUCUGUUUCCUCCGUAACUGAAUCGGUCACGAAAUCCUACGAAUUGUUGAUCCCUUCCGUUUUCUUCGUUCGAUUAUUUGACUUUUACUUUUCACGAGAAAAAUAAGACUGAACUAUAAAAUCCCCCUUGCCUUCAAAGUUAAAAGUGGAAGUAGAUCAAAGUAAACGAAUAUUUCUUACGUCUAUGAAAAUCAGCGUCGUUUUAUUCAACCAAACAAUGAGGAGGAAUAUCCCACAUAAGACCGGUGUUCAUUUUUCUCCGACGUCCAUGACGUGACCCCCGUGUGAAUGGGCUAUUGUGGUUUAAAGUUCUAAAAAAAAUAAAGAAAAAAAGUUAUUAUGUUUAUUAUAACGUUGUAAGAAGGUCGCUCCAAAGAUUUAGGCAACAGCUUGAAAAAAGAAGUGAGAAGCAAGACGAGAAUACUACACACACACAUACACACACAACAUCGCACGAAGUCAAAGCAAUACGCCGAAGCAAGAUGCAGAGUCCAAACAGAAUGUCUCGGAUGUCUCGCUAUUCCUUGGACAACCAGGUCGACUACGAGAGGGCUGCCCAAUCCCUCUGUCACCAUCCGGAGGUCACCCGCGCGGCCGAGGAGACUCCGAGGACCCACGAGAAUCACUACGAGGAGGUGACGACACCCAACGGAAACAUGAGAAGAAAGCCCGGCAAACGCUCGGCGGCUGCCAAGUUUGUUUACAUCAGUCCCCCCGCGCCGCAGCACUGUACUCAGGUGCUGGCAACCCUGGUUGUAUCACUUGGCCCGCUGUGUGCAGGAUUGGGUAAAGGAUACUCCUCCCCUGCUUUGGCAUCCAUGGCUACCCUGAGUGCUCAAGGGCACCAUUUCUCUGUCAGCAAAGACCAAGGAUCCUGGGUGGCCUCUCUUUCCCUGUUGGGUGCCUUCUUUGGGGCAGUGCCUGGAGGUAUGGCUAUCCGCUUUGGAAGGAAGAGGGUGCUCUGUGCAGUAGCGAUACCAUUCGCUCUGUCAUGGCUCCUAACCGUGCUAGCCUGGAAUGUCAGCAUGCUUUAUGUAGCAGCUCUAAUGGCGGGGAUGUGUUCAGCAGUCAUUGCAGUCGUCACUCCAGUGUAUGUCAGUGAAAUUGCCCAUCCAGAGAUUCGAGGAUGCUUGUGUGCCUUAGCUAAGCUGAGUGGUAGUAUUGGUAUGCUACUCUCAUACCUUUUAGGCGCCUUCCUUAACUGGCGGCAAUUAGCUACGGUGUCAGCAGUAGCUCCAGUUUGUUUGUUUCUUGCUGCAUUCUUUAUACCAGAGACACCUAGCUUCUUGUUAUACCGAGGGCGAGAUGCAGAAGCUGCAAGUGCAUUACGCUGGCUACGCGGUUCAGAAACGGAUGUUGCAAGGGAACUCACCACUAUGAAAGCUAACAUUGCCACCCUCCGUCGUGAAUCAGGCAGCAGCAGCAGCUGUCCACAACGUUCAGCUCCCCGGGACCUCCUCCGUCCGCUUUUCAUCACCUGCGGUCUCAUGGUCUUCCAGAAGUUUUGUGGCGCUAAUGCCUUCAACUUCUAUGCAGUACCCAUCCUGGCUGAAACAUUUGUGGGUCUGAACCCACACCGGGCUGCUAUCGUGGUGGCUUUUGUACAGAUAUGCGCCGGGAUGGCAUCUUCAGCACUAGUGGACACAGUGGGACGCCGCCCUCUGCUUGUAUUCAGCAACAUGCUUAUGUCUGCUGCAUUAGCUGCCUUUGGAGGCUACGUGUACCUGAAGGGCCUUGAUCAAGAUGAGGAUAUUCUUGCUAGACAACAGUGGAAAGAAUCUGACUGGGUUCCCUUAUUUUGUAUCCUUGUUAUCCAGAUUGCCUUUGCCCUUGGAGUCUUGCCCAUCAGCUGGCUUUACAUUGGUGAGCUAUUCCCCUUGAAACACAGGGGUGCUGGAUCUAUAGCAGCAUCUGUCAGUUAUGCUUGCUCAUUCGUGAGUGUUAAGACUUUUGUGGACCUGCAACGUGUGUUAGGACUUUACGGAGCAUUUUGGUUGUAUGCGACCAUUGCUGCACUUGCCCUUGUUUUCACACUCGUAUUUGUGCCCGAGACAAAGGGCAAGAGCUUGCAAGAGAUGCAGACAGUUGACCUUCAAAAGGAGACGCUCAUAUAGCAGCCAGCCCGCCCCCUAGCCCCGCUGCGACCCCCCACCGUCCACUGGGAAAUGCCGCCUGGACAGCGGCCCUACAGAGAAAUUCUCCUGUAGGUCUUGCCACAGGAUCCCAGACACCCAUUGCUGCAGCACAGCCCCCGUCUUCCCACUACUGGUGGUCUCAUACCACAAUAUUUGCAGUGCUGUAGGAACUGGGUGCCGUCACGGACGCAGCUAGGCUAGUGGGCGAUGCUCGCUUUAACAUGUGAUACUUCCAAAACUCCGCUGCCUCAUCUCCUUACCAUAAAACCCCUAUAAAAUAUUAUCACUUCAUACUUGCUGUAGUCUCAUUGGAAUGACUCAUCACAUUAAAAUAGCCAAUCAUAAGGUGCUGUUAGAAAAGAUUGGUUGAUUAAGAUUAUAUAAAAGGGGCUCAAUACUACACAUGCACAGCCGAUAACAAGUGAUUGCAAAAUACACAUGGGGAAUGUUUAAGUGAAAAUCUCCAUGCCAGUGACCCGAAGUAUGUUGGAAAUAAACGUUUUCAUAUGAAUGUAAUGCUAUACUCAGUAAUGAUAACACAGAAACUUUCCCUUUAUUCAUUAUAUUUCGCCUUUCUUUUUCCGAUAACAUAAGAAAUGGAAAAGAUCUGAAAAUACGAAAAAAGAAGUGUAAGUGCUACUUCGUAGAAUAUUUGUGAUACAAAUCUUUCGAACCACGCUGUGAUGUGUGGCAGACCAAUGCUUCUAUUCACUGAGUGAGAAUGACUGUUGAGUUAUGUAAAAGUGAUAAAGAGAGCCUUAUCUUUAGAUAGUUACUUGAUCAGGGUUAAUCGAAUUUAAUCUGCUUAUCUAUCUAUCAACCAAAUAUUCUACUAUGACUUUUCAACCAUACAUCUUUUAUUAUGUGAUCUUGUACUAUUCUCAUGUUGUCUGUCUUUGAGUCCUUCUUCCUAGCUUUUAUUCUCUCCCUCCUUUUCUUUAGACAUUUCUUUCCUCCUUCCUUUUCCCUUCUCACAUUUGUCACUGUCGAGAAUCAUCUUAGACCAGUAAGAAUCAUAUGAAAAAGAAUGACAUUCAUUCUCUGUGUUAAUAUCUCCAUCAUUAGGGCCUAAUGUAAUCUAGUCCACACAGUUUAAAGAUAAACAACUUAGUUUUAGAUCAUAAAUACUAUAAAAGAUAUAAUAAAUCAACUCUAGCUUUAAAUCUCUAAUCCACAUUGCAUCGUAAGGUUUUAAUAAUAUAGUUUUCCAGAGAAUCCACCAAUUUCAGGAUCACCGAUCUUUGCUGUGUCUUGUCCUGUGUUUUUAUUCCUUUGUAUGGAAAAUAAUACUGGAAUAUGUCAUUCAAAACUGCCCCUAAUUCCAAGGGCUUGGUAUCCUAACUUGGUCACCGGAAAUUGUAAGUUCCAACCAUUAGCUACAAGUCAACUGAAACAGCAUAUAACAACACGAAAAGGUUGCGUUGUUUUCGUAUCAUUCUAUGUAAAACAGAAUCGACAUUGAGUGAUGGGGGCGACCUGCAGGAGACCAACUGAGGAGAUCAUGCACACGAUGGGGCCUCUUUUGAAUGACACGUUCCAUCGAUAACAACACAUUGGAUGCAAUUCGAAGGGUGGUUACCUUUAACUACCUGGCUUCCUCCUUGCCUUGUCGUCAAUGCUUUCUUAUAUGUUUGUAACAGCUUUUACGAAUAAGAAAAGAUAAUUUUUAGAUACAUUCUAUACACACACUUUAUGAUAAAACUUUAUAAGUGAACACAAUGGAGUCUGGCAACAAAUUCUUUUGCCUUUCUUUUGGUUAGGUUGUUAUAGCAUAGAAGAGAAUCAAUCUUAGAUUGCAGUCAUUCUUCUAGAUACGGUAUUUGUAAUGAAGAUGUCAUUUUGGACAUUUUGAACCUAGUCAUAUAAUCUAUCAUAGAAUAGAGGAACUAGUAUUCCCAAAGAACACUUAUAUAAGUAGAGCUACAAAUCUAAGUUUGUUUCGACUUUUUCCUUAUGGACGAAAUAUUCAAAAUGCGAUCUUUCUCUAGUCUAUUAAUACCCGUCCACAGCUUCCACGAACAGCCACUAACACCGUUGCACUAGGAAACCAACACAACAGAUAAAUAACCCAGUUUACGAUGACAGCUGACGACGACGACGACUCCAGCCAGCAACCACUCCAGACAAGACGACCGUCAGCAAGUCCGGACGACAGGGGACGGUUUAGGACACAACGCGUCGCAUGCAGCCAGUCCAAACUUGCUGACGUCAGUUACAAACGGUGCAGUCUUGGUGCAAUGGAUCUCCCCGUCGUGGCGUAUGAAAAUCGGUCUUAAACUGGCGGUUAUUUGGUGACUGUUGAGGCUAUUGACGACAAUUAGUGGACCGUUAAAAGUAUAUUUUGUAGUCCAAAGACAGGUGUAACAGUCAUACAUAGAUUUAAAUACAUACUUAACUUUCUAGACUUCUCCCGCAAAUACGAUAGAUUUACAUUACAGUAUAUCGUAUACUGCCUAAUGCUUCAAAUGUACAUUUUAGACGACAAAUGUAGAAACAGCAGAAAACGUUUUAAAUUCGAUAGAGCUCUAUACCUGUCACUUACGCGACUUCAUAAUAAUAUGACAGAUUUUUUUUUCCUUUACGACUAGACUCUGUCGGUACAGUCUUACCUUUUUUUUCGGCCGUUCUAAGUAGCUUGUACAUGUAUACAAAUUCAUAGUAAAAAAAAAAUUAACGAGUACAUAAUCUAAUUACCGCAGAGAAAACAGCUGGGUAACAAUUUCUCUGCUGUAUCGUUUAUAAAACUGCCAUUUUCUUUACGCUCAGUAGCUUUCGGGAAAAUCGUCUUUAAUAGAAGUGUCAGUGCUGUUCCACGCUAGGCCAGAAUAGCGUGACGCCGUUUUAUUCCCAUAGAUAGAAAGCUCUGUAUACCUCUGGACCUUAUUGGGUGGAAUACGAGAGUCAUACUUGAAAACCGUCACCGAUUUCGUCAGACACGAUAUCAUUCGUUUAAUGACUGAUAACCGAUUUAGCAUAUAUGAAAUAAUUUAACCCGCGAAGGUAUGAAUGACUUAUAAAUUCGAAAUAAAAACAAAUGUGUAACUCUGUUCGAAGGAGAGCUUCAUUCAAUAUACGUUCAGUAGAGAGCUACUAGUUUCUUGAAUGAAUGACAGCCAAAGCAACCAACGCCCUUUCUUUAGACGGAAUGUGGGUAGACAUAUCUACUAGUUUCUUUGUUUUUUUUAACGUAAACGCCCGGUUAAAAUACACUAAACCUAUAUAUAUUAUAUACAUAAUAUAACGUAAGACUUGAAGUAGUUAGCUCCAAUAUUCAUUGCUCGAAUAGGAAGUACUAAGACGUAGUAGAUACCUAAGUCAUCUGGAUUGGGUGCGGGAAGCGAUGCACAAAACGUAAUUCUAAGAUUUUCAUACUUGAACACAAUAAAGAAAGAUAGAAAGAAAGAAAGAAAAAGAGGAAGACUUAGUCGUUCCAUCACGUUCACAUAUAUUUAUUUUUCUUUACUACGUAGCUUCUAAAUUUUUCGUUUUUGUUUUUGUUUUUGUGUACCUAGUCAUUCCUACCCGAGGUAACCAUCUUUGCUACACUCCGGCAAACCUUCUGCCCCCCCUCCCCUCCCCCAACAUUAGUCUUUUUAUCGAAUCGGUCGAAAGUCUGAAGUGUUCGGAUGAGCCCCUCUGAACACUGACUUUCGUCCAGAUUAUUAUCGUUAUCUUUAAUGUGGUAUCGUUCAAAUUUAGAAGGACGCUCAGCCGAAAGCCUUGAGAGAAAAAAAAAGGAAAAAAAGGAGUGUCAUUAAUCUAAAAUGAAAAUCUACGGUUCUUUUCGUGUUAUCGGUAAUAGAUAUCCCGAUGGUGUUUCUCCCUGGUAAAAAAACUCACUUGUUCCUCGUUAUUAGCGAAUAUAGAUUUUAAAAAAAAAUGAAAUUCUGUCGUCUAUUAACAUGAUUCUGCGUCACGAGUACAGUAUCAAUAAAAAUGGAGCUUACAAUCCUGCGGUUUUCUUCACAGGUAAAAAAAAUAAAUCCUGCGGUUUUCAUCAUCCGAAUAAAAAAAAAUCCUGCAUUUUCAUCCCCGUCAAAUAAAUCCUGCGGUUUUCAUCUCACGUAAACAAAUAAAUAAAUAAGUAAAUAAUGCACUUUUCAUCCCACGUAAAAAAAAAUAAAGCCUUCGUUUUCAUCCCACGUAACAAAAUAAAACCUGCGGUUUUUAUCUCAAGUAAAAAAAUAAAUAAAUCCUGCGGUUUUCAUCUCACGUAAAAAAAUAAAAAAUCCUGCAGUUUUCAUUCCACGUAAAAAAAAUUGAUAUCCGUGAAAUAUUAUCAUCAUUAUCAUCAUGGUAAACUCACGAAUCAUCCAAGAAUUUCCCAACUAAAAAUUAAUAAAAAGCAAAUUAACGCUAAAGUCACUGACAGGUGGGACAAACGUACUUUUUAAACGAAAGCUUUGUAACAAUUCUAUUUACUUUAAACGGGAUGACAAACAUGGAUUUUUUAUUACGAGUAAACGAUUCACAUUAUAUCAUUACGCAAUACCAUACCAUAUCAACUACUAAACCGCAAGCCCUUUAAAGUUCAGUACACUAUUCACCAUAGCACUUCGUUAACUAAUAAACUGUCUUUGAACAAUUCUAUAAAUUCAAAAACUGUAUGAUAAGAUACAGUCGUUUCAAUCGAGAAAUUAAUGUUUUCUUCACUUGCCAAUACUAUACUUCUAAGUUGGCAUCCUGCAUGUCAUUUGGUCUUGAUUCACCAUUUUGGAAAUAUGCUACAGAAACUCACCACCGAGGGCACUGAGAAGAACGUUGCGAAUUUCCGUAUCUGACCCCUUCCGGAACCAGCACCGAGAUGAACUCGUCACAAACAGACAGGCACAAGGCAACUAAGUAAAAACCCAAGACCACAGGUGAACACAAGUACAUCUACCUGAAAUAUACCUGGAAGACGAAAAACUACCUUGACCUCACCAGCGGUGUUUUCUUCGCUUUUUCUUUUUUUCGUUUAGCUUCUUCGGGUAAAAUGCAGGAGGUCGUGAGUCUGCGUCUUACCUUAGGCAGGCAUAUUACAAUGUGAGAGUCUGAGUUUCGAGAGGGACGGGUCGUUUUUUUUUUCCGUAAAUACCUGUAACCCCAAGAAACUGUUAUAACGAUUUAGUAAAAAUAAAGAAAUGGCGUGAAU